CUUGAUUAAGAGGUUAGAUGUUCUCUCACCGGACACAAAUGGUUGUAAAGAGGGGAAAAAAAAACAUCUAACAAGAGGGGAAACCCAUACAUUUGGGAGGGUAUAGAUACCCUAUUCAAAGGAGAAGCAAUGUCUAAAAAUGUUGAUGGCAGAAGCAAUGGCAAGGACUACCAAGACCCACCUCCCGCCCCCUUCAUCGGCGCCGGCGAGUUCAACCAGUGGUCGUUUUACCGAGCCAUUAUCGCCGAGUUCGUUGCCACGCUUCUGUUCUUGUACAUUCUUGUUCUCACUGUCAUUGGCAAUUCCCACCUCUCCGCCCUGAAGAUCUGCGGCGGCGUCGGCGAUUUGGGCAUUUCCUGGGCUGUCGGCGGCAUGAUCUUCGUCCUCGUUUACUGCACCGCUGGAAUUUCUGGUGGGCAUAUUAAUCCGGCGGUGACGUUUGGGAUGUUGUUAGCUCGAAAGAUCUCUCUAAUCAGAGCUUUGUUUUACAUUUUUGCUCAAUGUUUGGGCGCCAUUUGUGGGUGUGCGUUGGCUAAAUCAUUACAAAAGACUUAUUACGUUCAGUACAAUGGUGCAGCCAAUGUGGUCGCCGAUGGGUACAGCAUUGGCACCGGCUUAGCCGCAGAGAUCAUCGGAACUUUUGUUCUUGUUUACACUGUCUUCUCCGCCACUGACCCCAAAAGAAACGCUAGAGAUUCUCACAUCCCUGUUUUGGCACCACUCCCAAUUGGUUUCGCGGUGAUUAUGGUUCAUUUAGCCACCAUUCCGAUCACCGGCACUGGCAUCAACCCGGCUCGAAGCUUUGGAGCUGCAGUGAUCUAUAACAAAGCCAAGGCCUGGGAUCAUCAGUGGAUCUUCUGGGUUGGGCCAUUCAUUGGAGCUGCCAUUGCUGCAAUUUAUCAUGUUGUUAUUAUAAGGGCAGGGGCAAUUAAAGCUCUGGUUUCCUUCAGAAGUUCUUCUGCUUUAUAAAUCUCAUCCAAAUCUUGUUUGUAAAAGAGAGAGAGAGAAAACAAAAGAGUGAACUUUCUUCAUCAGCUAAAUUUCCCAAGGCACUCUGCUUUAUAUGUAAUUCUGAAUUUUCUUUUGUUUUAAAGUAAUCAAGUGGGUUAUGUUUAUGCUUAAUGUUCACCAUUCUUCUUAAUUUGAAGAUACAAUAGAUAAGUAAAUCAGAUCAAAUCUAAUAUACG